UUUUUGGGUUCUUGGGAAAUUCAUAAGUUUUUUUUUUUUUGUGUAUUUAUAUAUAUAGAUAUAUAUAGGAAGAUACACGGGUUAUAGGUGAAAAAGGGGCAAAAAAGAGUGUGAUAAAUCUAGGGUUUGAGUAAUUUGGGGUUUUUGAUUUGUUGGAAGCUAUGAGGAAGAGGCUGGAUACCAGAUUUCCUGCUGCUCGGAUUAAAAAGAUUAUGCAAGCUGAUGAGGAUGUGGGGAAGAUAGCGAUGGCUGUUCCCCUUUUAGUCUCAAAAGCUCUUGAACUCUUUCUGCAAGAUCUUUGUGACCGUACAUACGAGAUUACCCUCAAGAAAGGAGCAAAAACAAUGAAUUCUUUCCAUUUGAAACAUUGUAUCCAGAGCUUUAAUGUGUUUGAUUUCCUGAAGGAUGUAGUGAGUCGGGUUCCUGAUCUAGGCGGGUCAGAUGCUGGUGCUGAAUCGGCCACCAAAAGGAGGAAAGUUGCUGAAGAAGAUGAUCAUGACAGUGAUGAUGAUACCAAAAGGAAUCAUGCGAAUGAGACUGCAAACAACAGUGGUACUGGAAGAGGACGAGGUAGGGGUAGGGGUAGAGGCCGUGGAAGAGGUUCACGAGCAGUAGAGAAAGGUGACUACCAUGCUCACAGUGAGAAACUGGAAGACGCUGCUGCUGAUGUUUCACAUCAAAAGGAUGAUGAGAACCAAAAACAAAAUGAUGAAAGAAUGGUAGACUAUGUAGCAGAAUCAGCAGUAGAUUCAAAGAACAUUUCAGCUGCUAAAUGCUCCCCAGAAGUCGUCGCCCCUGCUAGAAACUUCGAUCUCAACAUAGACUUAAACGAGAGUGUGGAGUCCACACCAAUGCCAUCUGAAGUCCCUUUAUCAUCAACGGCAACACCAACACCAACACCAACAGCAACACCUGCACCAGCACCAGCACCAGCUCCAGCGCCUGAUGAAUUGAAGCACGAGGAAAUACCUGGAUGGUCCCUGUCCGAGAUGGAAAAGAUGGCUAUCGAUCCAAUUCAAUUGGCCAACUUAAACCAAGGGUUAGACGAGGAAGAGGAAGAUUACGACGAAGAAGGAUAGGUAUCGUUAUUCUAAUGUGUUUAGAGCAGUUACAACUCACAUACAAGUAGACAGGCUUGUUCUUCUUUCUAGUCUUUUUUUUUUAGGAAUUUUAGUUCAAAUGUAAAAGGAAAAAGAGCAUCAUUGUGAUUGAAGCUCAGGUUUUUAUUUUAGUUGUGACUUAGGUACCUGUAUUUAUAGUCUUGUGUAUUGUUCAUCAACAAACAUCUUAGGAAAAACAUGUACAAUUUCUAACUUCUAAUUCAGAAAUAUAUAUUCUAGGUUGGAGGUUACAUUA